AUGUAGCCUAUCUGAUUUGAUGGUUUGCCUUUUGAUGGAUUUAUAUUUAAAUGUAUUUUGUCUUCACCAGAUUGUAAUUCGUCCCUUUAGUCAUUACACAGAUUAUGAAGAACUGAACGAAUCUGUUAAUGUCAAUUAAGGAGGUCUCCUAAAGGGGACGGCUGACGACAUUGGUUGAGGAAUCAGUACUGGCAGUGUUUCCUGAACUGUCCCACGGGUAUACGACGUGAACAUGCAACCAAAGUUUUGACAGGAGUCCUGUUUCUCCUAAAAUAGUAACCAAAUAGAUCUUGUAACACUCUACCACUACGGGUUUUUUCCCCCAGUCUCGGAAGAACAGACCUGCAAGAGCCAGGUGAUGAGACACAACGCUGGCAGGGGUGAUAUAGGACUGUUGGAGUUGCUUAAUUUCGUGACACAAAUUCAGAGGAAGACAGGAGAAGAUAUAUUAAACAGUAUAGCUUACCAAACUAUUUGUGAUUUUGCCCCUACAGCGGUGUUAAUUACCUUCUAAAUUGAUCCUGCCGUCAUGAAGUUAUGCACAUUUCGCAUGUGUUAAAUGAGGGAUAGACACUGACCUUUACCGUUUCUAUUUUCAUUUUCUCGUCUUCCCUCGCCAAGGCCAUCAUUCACUAUCAACACAUGAACCCUUAUCUCAGCAUCUGCUACAUUUGUUCAAGAUUUCAUUGAAGAAACGGGCUGUAAGAUACUACAGGGAUUUCGAUUCUUGUCUAAAUCGGGAAUUACACAUCCAAACUGGGAUCUAUGAGCGGAAAAGUGGCGAAGCCUAAAGAAGAAAAGGAUGCUUCCAAGGUCCAGGAUGAUGCGGCCCCAGGUACCCAGGAGUACAUUAUGUUGCGGCAGGACUCCAUCCAUUCAGCGGAUAUAAGGAGUAAAGGGUCCCCCUUUCGCGCUAAGUGUCAUGAAAUCUUCUGCUGCCCGCUGAAGCAAGCCAUCCACAGAGAGAGCUCAGAGCCCGAAGAGCCCCAGUUGAAGGGGAUCGUGACAAAGCUGUACAGUCGGCAGGGCUUCCACCUGCAGCUGCAGGCUGAUGGAACCAUCGACGGCACAAAGGAGGAGGACAAUGGCUACACCGUGUUCAACCUCAUUCCAGUUGGGCUUCGAGUGGUGGCCAUCCAGGGGGUUCAGACCAAGCUCUACCUAGCUAUGAACAGCGAGGGCUAUCUGUACACAUCAGAACACUUCACCCCAGAGUGUAAGUUCAAAGAGUCGGUGUUCGAGAACUACUACGUGACGUACUCGUCCAUGAUCUACAGGCAGCAACAGUCGGGUCGAGGCUGGUACCUUGGCCUCAACAAGGAGGGGGAGAUCAUGAAGGGGAACCACGUCAAGAAGAACAAACCAGCAGCCCACUUCCUCCCCAAGCCUUUGAAAGUGGCCAUGUACAGGGAGCCCUCUCUCCACGACCUGACGGAGUUCUCCCGCUCCGGUAGCGGCACGCCCACCAAGAGCCGAAGCGCCUCGGCCGUGCUGAACGGGGGCAAGGCCGUGAGCCAGCACGAGUCCACGUAGCCUGGCGGGGCCGAACCCUAACACCGCCACCCGGGCCAGACGAAGACGCCUUACCUCCAGAAGAGCGUAACUCCAAGCAGACUUCUCUCUCCAAAACCAUCCACGGCAACCACCACCACAAA